AUGAGGGCUGCCUGGGCCCAGGGCCUUCUGCCUGGAGCUCUCUGGCUGCCUGUUCUCUGGACGCUGCUGUCCCCUGCCUGCUGCUCCUAUGGCCCACCCGGAUGGCGCUUCACAUCUUCUGAAAUUGUCAUCCCCAGGAAGGUGCCCCAUAGAAAGGGCGGAAUUAAGAUGCCAGACCAGCUCGCCUACAGCAUGCGCUUCCGGGGUCAAAGACACGUGUUCCACAUGAAGCUCAAGAAGAACUUGCUGCCCAGACAUUUACCUGUUAUUACUGACAGCAACCAAGAAGGCAUGCAGGAGGACUAUCCCUUUCUCCCUGGAGACUGUUACUACUACAGCUACCUGGAAGGGGUCCCUGGAUCCCUGGCCACACUGGACACCUGCCAUGGAGGUCUGCGCGGAAGGAUACAGGUGGAUGACUUCACUUAUGAAAUCAAACCACUGGAGACCUCUUCCACAUUUGAGCAUGUGAUUUCUCUGCUCGUGGUGGAAGAGAGAGGAGAGGCCAGCCAAAGGUGUGACAUUGGAGAGGAGGAAACCAAACCAGUAUUUGAAGACCUCGAACUGCUUGGAAGUCCUAGAGCAGGCACCUAUUAUUUGUGGCGGAAACAUCCAAAAGACACGCGAGUUAUGUACAUCGUUUCUUAUUCCUACAUCAACCACUUCAAAAAUCAGACCCUUGUACUGGAGCAUGUAAUGAUUAUAAACAGCAUUAUAGACACCAUUUACAAACCAACUGGUUUCAACAUCCGUGUGCGUUUCGUGUUGCUCUGGGAUACUACAGAUGCUGUCAGUUUGGAAAUAAACAAUGCAUUUGCCUUCUUAAGAAAUUUUGGGAGGUGGAUGCACAGCACAUGGCAACAUAGAGUUAGUCAUAGCAUCUCAGUGCUUAUAGCAGGACAACUGAUUGCAGAAAAGAAUCAUUAUGCUGUUCAGGGAGCAAUAUGUAAUGAUAGGUGGGCAGUAUUGUUUGUGGCUGCAAGAAGAUUUCAUGUAUUUUUGGCUUCGACUAUGAUAGCACAUACAUUAGGUCAUCAAUUUAAUAUGGCACACGACUCACCUCAUUGCCUUUGUUUUCGAAGGACCCAUUGUCUCAUGACUCCUGUGCCAAAUCUUCAAGAUACAAUUAGCAAUUGUUCUUAUCCAGCAACGCACCAAUGGGUUCUUAAAUGGGACACUUGCAUGUGGCAGCUGAAUGUUCCCUAUGAAAGUUUUCGUUAUGUAGCUCCUCGUUGUGGAGACAAGAUCAUAAAUCAACUGGAGGACUGUGACUGUGGCUCCUUCAAAGAAUGCGCCAGCGAUAAGUGUUGUGGGACUGACUGCAUGUUCACACCAGGCUCCAAGUGUAAUGAAGGAGACUGCUGCCAGGACUGCAAGUUCUCUCCCCCUGGAACAAUCUGCAGAGACAUAGGGGGUAUUUGUGAUCUGACAGAAUACUGCGACGGACAAUCGGAGAAAUGCCCAAAUGACACUUACAUCCAGGAUGGAACCCCGUGUUCCCCACGAGCUGUUUGUAUGAGAGGAAACUGCAGCGAUCGUGAGACACAGUGCCAAGCCCUUUUUGGACGCAACAUAAAAGAUGGUGCAGCAGAGUGCUAUAAACAAUUGAAUAUGAUUGGUGACCGAUUUGGAAACUGUGGGAUGAAGUCCCAACGAGGAGGACCUAGAAUUGUGAAAUGUAGCAAGGAAAACUUUAUGUGUGGCAUGCUGCACUGCAGUGGUCUGUCUAAUAUUCCGGGAGGAGGGGAGCACACUGCUUUUCGCCAUCUAAGUGUGCGAUACGAGCAAGUAGAGCACCAUUGCUUUGGAUAUGAUGCACACUUUGGCACAGAGCUGCCACAAAUGGGUAUGGUAGUGGAUGGUGCAAUGUGUGCCCCAGGAAGAUUCUGUUUUGAGAAGAAUUGUACCUCUCAUGUCGAUUUGAAUUUUGACUGUGAUGUGAGAAGAUGCAACUAUAAAGGGGUGUGCAACAACAACCACAAUUGUCACUGUAUGCCUGGCUGGAAACCACCAACCUGUGAAGAGAAAGGACAGGGAGGUAGUGAAGACAGUGGCCCACCAGGAGGCAGACAACAACGUCUUCGAACCUACAUACAUGUGGAUAUGCACAGAAUAAUCCCUCUAAUGCUAGCUCGUUUAAUUCUGUAUCUGCUUUCCAUUCUUGCUGGUGCAAUCCCAGCUAUAAAAAGUGCUGUCACAAAUCGCUUAUUUAAAGUUGUACCUGAAGCAAAGCCACCCAAGAAGCCACCUAAGUAA